GUUGAAGCGGUUCCAAAAUCUUCAAGACUCCGAUUUCGGUUCCAGCUCUUCAACCUCAAGUCUGCUCCGUUUAAACCGACCCUUUGACCUUUGUCGAACUUGAACCGGAUAACAUCAUUAGAGUAUUUCAAUUUGCGGUCUUCAUGAAUGGUCACCAAAUCCCUCUCUUACGUUGAUGGGACUUCCAAGGAUGCUGUCGGACAUCUCGAUUCUCCGCCUAAAAUAACCGCCAUCCACAAGUUUAUAAAUCGUAUGAGUCUCGCUCAAAAUCUCAUCGUUCCUCCCGAUACGACAGACGUCUUCACCAUGUCUCAGUGGCAGUUCCGCAGGCGUUGGAUGGAUAAAAAGCUGCGACAACUCGAAUCCAAACCAAAGAUCAAGCCAAACGAAUGGCAUCCUGUCAUUCGAGAAUUCCGCGAGCUCGUCGAGGGAGAUCACAUAUUGUCCAAGUGCUGUAGUCGGAUGUUCGACAAUAGGCCCGACACCCCACCCAAUGAUAAGGACUCACAGAAGUCUCAGGUGAGCAUUCCGCCUUCCUCUCUUUUAGUGUGGUUGAUGCUGAGUAUGGCGUAGGUUCGCGACUACAUCCAUAUGCUUGAACUCCUCAAUUACAUCCUCACUCGGGCGCCAGAAUGGGAGAACAACGAUAUGGGUCAGAUGGGUAUUCUUCCCAUCCUCGCUCUAGUUGAAUGGCCCAUGAACACCCCUGCUGGUCGAGUGGUAUUCUCCGAUUCACGAGUGAACGCUCAGUUGAAGAAAAUUUUCGACGUAUGGGCUGAAUACCUGUCAUCGUCUGAUUCCACCUAUGUGUUAACUGAGGAUGACGGUUGGCUCCGCCCCGGUGCCAUCACAGAGGACUUUGGGCAAACCUUCAUUUGCGAUACCACUCAUCCCCACUUUGGAUUCAAAUCCUGGGACGAUUUCUUCACCAGAAGGCUGAAACCUGGCGUUCGACCGAUCGCCGAGCCCUACGACGACUCAAUAAUCACCAGCGCAUGCGAGUCUUUCGUCGUCACCUUCGCGCACGAUGUCCAAACCAAGGACAAGUUCUGGCUGAAAGGCUGCCCGUACAACCUUCAAACCAUGUUCAACCACGACCCUCUCACACAGUACUUCAUCGGCGGUACAGUCUAUCAAGGCUUUAUCGCCUCGACGAGCUAUCAUAGAUGGCACAGUCCCGUCAACGGUGUCGUCACGAAGAUCGUUCACAUCCCCGGGACUUACUACCUUCAGUCCCCUACGUUAGGAUUCGACACUGAAAACGGCCCGGAUUAUUACACUCCUGAUCACUCGCAAGAGUUUCUUUCGCACUCACAAACUCGGUUGCUCGUGUUCAUAGAGUCGAGUAAUCCUGAAAUCGGGUUGAUGUGCGUGGUGACGAUCGGUAUGGUGGAAGUGUCUACCUGUGAGGUCACGGUUCGAGAGGGUACGAAGGUUAAGAAGGGGGACGAGUUGGGUAUGUUCCAUUUUGGUGGAUCCACACAUUGCUUGGUGUUUCGGCCUCAGACUAAGCUUGCAAUUGGAGUUGAACCGGGGGAGGGGGUGAAGGUUAAUCAGGAAGUAGCGCGGCUUUUGUGAUGCGAUUGAACUUGUUUACAUAGAAUUUUUCUCUUCCUUUCGAGUACUCUAGAGUUCGUUGAUCUACGUUUAGACUUUCCACACG